GGCUUGUAACGCAUGGUGCAACCUCUGACGAAAACUUCGUGUUACAGACAGAUUGGCGAUAUAUUCAGUAAUAUUGACAAUUAUUUAACUGUUAUCAAUUGUUAUAUAGUGUCUAUUUAAACUACUGUUAUACAAGAAGACCUAUCAGAGUCCCGGUACAGGAUCAUAAAUCCGCGAAUCGACUAUGUCGGAGCUGGACAAACCUCUUUUCCGAGAUCUGCAAGCAGAUGAUGACGAUCCAGAGGUUACGGAGAUCGAGAGUUUGUGUCUCCAUUGUCGGGAAAAUGGAACAACACGACUUUUCCUGACAAAGAUCCCAUUUUUCCGUGAAGUAAUAUUGUCCUCCUUUGAAUGUGGUCACUGUGGAAUGAAAAAUUGUGAAUUGCAGCCAGGUGGUGCAAUUCAGGAUCAUGGGGUCACUUACACAUUGGAGGUCAAGGAGGAACAGGAUCUGAAUAGACAAAUUGUGCAGACAGAAAAGGCCACUGUGUCAAUUCCAAGCUUGGAGUUUGAGGCUCCACCGAGCAAAGGAGUACUGACAACUGUUGAGGGGAUUAUAGAUGGUGCAGUGAGUGGUUUAGCCCUAGACCAGCCGACACGAAUGGAGCAGUGUCCUGAGAUCGCAGCCAAAAUCAAUGACGUUAUAUUGAAACUGACCAUGUUGAAGACCGUAGAGAAACCAUUUACAGUGGUCGUGGAUGAUCCCACAGGAAACAGCUUCGUGGAGAACCCUCAUGCUCCGAAGUCUGACCCUAACACAGUGGUCAAGCACUACACCAGAACAUCUGACCAGGAUACUGCCCUUGGAAUAAUGGAGGAAGAGAAAGAAGAUGACACACCAGGGGCAAAGGAGGAGGUGAUGACAUUUAACACGAACUGCCCACAGUGUAGUUCUCCAUGUAGUACACACAUGAAGAUGGUCGAAAUUCCUCAUUUCAAAGAGGUCAUAAUCAUGGCCACCAACUGUGAUGUAUGUGGUGCCCGUAGCAACGAGGUGAAAAGCGCAUCAGGCAUCGAGCCGAAGGGCUGCAGGAUCAAACUGAAAAUCACUGAUCCCAUAGACAUGUCACGGGAUGUUCUGAAGAGUGAGACCAGCAGUAUUGCCAUUCCUGAAAUGGAGUUUGAAUCGGACUUUGGAACACUGGGAGGAAAAUUUACAACACUUGAGGGAUUAAUUCAGAAUGUCAAGGACCAUUUAAAUGGACCAAAUUCGUUCAUGCAAGGGGACAGUUCAGCACCAGAAAAGAAAUCAAAACUUCAGAUGUUUUGUAAUCAGUUAGAUAAGGUAAUAAAUGGGGAGAUGAUGGGUAUUCACUUCGUUCUUGACGAUCCUGCCGGAAACAGCUAUCUACAGAAUGUAUACGCCCCAGACGAGGACCCCGAGCUAGAAAUAGUUCAUUACGAAAGGAAUUACGACCAGAAUGAGGUUCUCGGCCUGAACGACAUGAAAACAGAGGGAUAUCAGGAGUCAUGACAUCCCCUAAUGUCCAAGAGACUGAUAAUAAUCUUUGACAACAAAGAUUAGGCUACAUCUGUGAUCUUUGUACAUUGCCUGAUUCUUGAUACAAUUGGAAUUUUAGUGUUUGUGACAAUAUGUGAUUAUUAUAUAUACAGUACAUUCCAGUUAAUCGGGUAACGCUUAAUCGGGUAUUUCGUUUAAUUGGGUAAAAUUUCAAAAACCAAAACCAUUUUCUCUUAA